AUGGAUCCCACAUCCAACCAGCAGCGCGCGGUUGUCGUGCAGAACCCAGGAAAUAAUUAUGAAAUGAUCAUCCGCGACGACAUUCCCAUCCGCAAACCCGGACCAGAUGAGAUCCUAGUCAAGUUGACAUGUACAGGACUCUGUCAUUCUGAAAUCCGCGCCGUCCUAGCCUGGGGCGCCUACAACCGUAUCAUCGGCCAUGAAGGCGUUGGAACCGUAAUCCAAGCCGGCCCCAACGUCUCCCCCUCGCUCCUGCACCAACGCGUCGGGGUAAAAUGGCUGUAUAGCGCCUGUACCACUUGCUCUGCCUGCCAACGCGGUUUUAAUCACUACUGCGCACAGCAGAAGAAUACCAGUCGUCACGUGCCUGGCACGUUACAGCAGUACAUCAUCGCGGACGCAAGAUUCAUUACGCGUAUCCCGGAGACAGUGUCAGAUGAGAUUGCCGCGCCCUUGCUUUGUGCUGGUCUUACUAUGGCUGGUGCGGUGGGUAGAUUGAAUGACUAUCGUCUUAGUUCCGGUGAUUGGGUGGUGAUUUCGGGGUCAGGCGGCGGAUUAGGGCAUUUAGGGGUUCAGAUUGCGGCUCGGACGAAGGGUUUCCGCGUCAUCGCGGUUGAUAGUGGGGAAGAAAAGAGAAAGGUAAGCAUGGAGUCUGGUGCCGAGGUGUUUGUCGAUUACCGGACGGAAGAUGUUGCGGCGAGGAUCCGGGAGCUUGUCAGGAAUAUGGGUUUGAUUGUCGGUGUGGGAUUACCGCCGAAUGAGAUGCAGUGGCCUAUUUCUGCAACCGUGUCCGCGGCCAGAGGUCUUUGUAUCGUGGGGUCUUCAGUCGGCACGGAAGAGCAGAUGGAUGAGCUUCUUCAACAGGCAGGGAGGGGAGAGAUUACGCCUUCAAUAGAGGUGUUCGACUUUGUGGACACGCCGCGCCUUGUGGAUGGACUGAGAAAUGAUGCUAUUAGUGGUAGAGCAGUGGUGAGAAUACCGCAAUAA